GUAAAUUUUUCAAAGAUUUAUGCUUGUUGGGUUUUUUUGCACUACAGAGCAUAAAGCCACUACCCCACUCACCCACCACACAUCCCUGAAUCCGAAAACCACUGAACCUAGCAGCAAUGGUUAAAGACACAGAGCCUUUAGCCUAUGCUGCAAAUGGGCACCCGAAAGAUUUUGACGCUAGUGCUCCUCCGCCAUUCAAGAUUGCUGAAAUAAGAGCAGCCAUACCAGAACAUUGCUGGGUCAAGAACCCUUGGAGAUCUCUCAGUUAUGUUCUCAGGGAUGUGGUGGUUAUUGCUGCAUUGGCGGCGGCGGCAAUUCACUUCGACAACUGGUUCAUCUGGCUCCUCUAUUGGCCUGUUCAGGGCACAAUGUUCUGGGCCAUUUUUGUGCUUGGACAUGAUUGUGGCCAUGGAAGCUUUUCAAACAGCUCUUUCUUCAACAACCUGGUGGGACACAUCUUGCAUUCCUCAAUUCUUGUUCCAUAUCAUGGCUGGAGGGUUAGUCACAGAACUCACCAUCAAAACCAUGGACACAUUGAGAAGGACGAGUCAUGGGUGCCAUUAACAGAGAAGAUUUACAAGAAUCUAGACUACAUGACAAGACUUGCUAGAUUCACUGUGCCAUUUCCAUUGUUUGCCUAUCCAAUUUAUUUGUUUGGAAGAAGCCCCGGAAAGGAAGGGUCUCAUUUCAAUCCCUACAGCAAUCUGUUCCCACCCAAUGAGAGAAAAGGAAUAGCAAUUUCAACACUGUGUUGGCUUAUCAUGUUUUCUCUGCUUAUCUAUCUAUCCUUCAUCAUUAGUCCACUUCAAGUGAUCAAGGUUUAUGGCAUUCCAUAUUGGAUAUUUGUUAUGUGGCUGGACUUUGUUACAUACUUGCAUCACCAUGGUCACCCCAGGAAACUACCAUGGUACCGUGGCCAGGAAUGGAGUUAUUUAAGAGGAGGUCUUACAACUGUGGAUCGUGACUAUGGCUGGAUCAACAACAUUCACCAUGACAUUGGCACCCACGUUAUCCAUCAUCUCUUCCCUCAAAUCCCUCACUACAACCUUGUUGAAGCGACAAAGGCAGCAAAAGGAGUUCUUGGAGAGUAUUACCGUGAGCCAGAAAGAUCUGCACCAAUUCCAUUUCAUCUAAUAAAGUAUUUGAUGCAGAGCAUGAGAGAAGACCACUUCGUGAGUGACACUGGAGACGUUGUUUAUUAUCAGACUGAUCCUCACUUGCACCAAGACUGACUUCAAAUUUUGGUCCAUCUAUUGUUUUCUAGCUACUCAACUUACUUCUUUCUUCAAUGUUACAUUUUGGAGUUUAACGUUUUCUGAACAACUUGCAUAGAGAGACAGGAAUAUAGAGUGGGGCACAAUGGAAUAAUACUAUUUCAAAUUAGUGUGGUAAUAAAUAUUGAACUGUCAGUUUUCAUUUGUCA